GAACUUAUUUUUCUCUUCAUGCACCUUCCUAGGGACAACCUUACAUGGAAUCUGGUCGAGUGUGGAACGCAAAAGACAUAGGAAUCCCAUCAAGGGCUUGUAAAUGGAUGACUAAUGGUUUCAUGGCUAUAAAUGCAAAAACAGGAGCUGGAAAAGCCUUUUUAAGAUCAAUUUAUGAGCUAUAUGCUUCAUGGGGAGUUGAUUUUGUAAAACUUGACUGUGUGUUUGGUGAGGACUUGGAUUUGGAUGAAAUAACAUUUGUAUCAGAGUUUUUCAAUGGCCUUGAGCGCCCCAUUGUUUUUUCUCUGUCUCCUGGAGUCAGUGCAACACCACUAAUGGCUAACUCGGUUAGUAGUCUAGUUAACACAUACCGUGUAACAGGAGACGACUGGGAUGAAUGGUCAGCAAUCUUAGCUCAUUUUAAUGUAGCAAGAGACUUUGCUGCAUCUAAUUUGAUAGGAGGAAAAGGUUUAAAGGGAAAAUCAUGGCCUGAUUUGGACAUGCUACCAUUUGGAUGGCUAACUGAUCCAGCUGCUCAUGAAGGUCCACACAGGGCUACUAGGCUAACUCAAGAUGAGCAAAGAACUCAGAUGACUUUGUGGUGUAUGGCAAAGUCUCCCAUUAUGUAUGGAGGGGAUCUACGGAACAUUGAUGCUUGGACCCUUGGUCUUAUCACAAAUCCUACCCUUUUGGAUAUAAACACUUUCAGCUCAAAUAAUCAGGAGUUUCUUGAUAUCACAACAUUAAAUGAUGUCAAGACUGAAGGACACAAUGUCACAAAAGUACCAUUUACUUACUCCCUAGCAAUCACAGAAUGCACUGAUCCAAAAGUAAGUGGUUGGUCUAGUGAAAAGUAUAACCAAGAUCUUGAAAGAAUCUGUUAUAAGAGCUCAACACAAGAUCAGGAGGAACCUUUCUGCGUGCACAAAAGAGAACUCCCAAUAGCAUCACCAAAGCAAUCAUCUAUCCAAUCUGAACAAAUAUGGAAGUUGAAAUCAAAUGGGACUUUGGUUAAUGGUUAUUCUGGCAAGUGUGCAACAGUGGGACGUGUCCUAGAUGUAGGCGAUCUUAAUCCGAUUCGAUCUUGGGUUGCAACGCAUACAGAAAGAGGGAAGAUCUAUGUUGCUUUUUUCAAUCUAAAUAAAGAGACAACAACAAUAUCUGCAAAUAUAGCAGACUUGCCAGCAGUUUCGCGUUUGGGUACAAGAAGAAAGUUGAAAAUUUGCGCAGGAACCGAAAUUUGGAGUAGAAGUAUCGUAAGAACAAAAACUACAUUCUCGGCACAAGUACCAGGUCAUGGAAGCGCGUUAUUUGUCCUCAGCUGCCUUUGAAUUUGGCCUAAAAAAACUUGUUUGAAUAUCCAUAUUUAUAGUUUCAUAUUUCAAGUUGCAUUGAUAUUUUGAUUAAUUUUCAACUAGUAAAUCCUUUUUUAAUAAGGUGAUAGUAAGAAUGGUUGUUGGCCAUUAAGUACUUUAAAAAAAUUACUGUGUCGUGAAAAUGGGCUUACAAACAAAGGUAGCUAAAGAGCUUGUGUGAUUUGGGAACUUGAGAUACGGAUAUAAAGAACUUAAUCUCACAUUUGUCCAUGUAUGCUUUGUAAUUUUAUUGGAAUAUAUAUAUAUAUAUAUAUAUAUAGUGAUAUUUAGCGUGAGAUGUUAUUAUCUAUCUGUCAUUCUAUCUUCACCAACUUCAACCACCUAAGUAAUGCCAAGUUAUGAUUUUAUUGGCAACAAAUACUCAUUGUUAGUUAAGGUAUUCCCAUUUCAGCACUUUACAACAAAGUAGAACCCUUUUGAUUUUGAACGUCUUUUUAAUUUUGAGAUGUGUGUA